UGGAGGGAGUUUCAAGGCUUUUUAAUAUACAGUCUAUGCUUUAAGGGACCAGCUGUCAAAUCGGCGGAACAGCCACCGUCAUCAAAGAGAUGGUCCAUCUGGUUGCAAGUUGCCAUUAAAGAAGAUUAAGUUAUAUUUCAAUAGUCGUAAAAUAUUCGAGACCUUGACGCGGAGCUGAUGAAGCUAACGUUAAAAGAUGUGAAAUCGACGAAAGUUGAAUAUAAAAGCGAGAUGGUUUGUCUGUUCGUGUUCCUGUUGGCCCGUAUGUCUCCAGGAUCUUCAGAUGUGGUACGAGUGAAACCUGGAGAUGAUGUCAUUCUGCCAUGUCAGGCUGGUGAAGCCUCCAUCAGAGCUGUAGAGUGGACCAGACCUGACCUGGAGCCAGAGUACGUCCUCUUUUACAGAGGUCGACGCUCACUUCCAACCCACCAGCAUCCAUCCUUUAAGGACCGGGUGCAGCUGGUGGACAGAGAGCUGAAGGACGGAGACGUGUCUUUAAUUCUGAAGAACGUGAGCAGCAACGACGCUGGAACAUACGAGUGUCGAGUUGCAACAGAAGGAUCAAGACGUAAGAGAGCCGCCAUUGAGACUGAGCCAAUCAGAAUCAUCCAGCUGGAGGUUUCAGGGUCCAACAGCGGAGAUGUCGAGGAGGGAAACUACGGCCUUUACUACGGACUGGGAGCAGCUUUUGUUCUGGUUUUUUUAGCUGCUGUUGGAUUGGUUGUUGUCUUGAAACAUAAAAGAUCUGAACAGUCCGAAGAAAAUUAGUUUGUAUGUUUCAACGUCCCCACAAAGGUAGCAAAACAAAUCUGUGUGUGUCAGUAUCCUUUUAUACAGCCUUUGGUCAGUAUUUGUCUUUCUACAUGUGUGUGGUAUCCUGAGCCAUCUACCAAUCAAAACAAAUCUGUGUGUGUGUGUGUGCGCGCACAGUACUGUGAAGUUUAGCGAAGAGAGCACAAUACUCAGGAGGAAGUUCAGUUCAGUUAAUCUGCAAUUCAAUCCCUGGCUCCUCCAGGCUGCAUGUCGAAGUGUCCUUAGGCAAGAUACUGAAACCCAAAUUUCCCCUGGUGGCUGUUCCGCCAGUCUAUGAAUGUCAGUUUAUGUUUGAGCACUUAGGCUCAGUGUGUGAAUGGUGAAUGCGAUGUGGUGUAAAAGCACUAUGAGUGGUCGUAAAGACUAGCAAGGCUCUAUACAAAUACAGAGCAUUUACAUGAUAAACUCAGGAAAGAAAACUUUAUAUACAGCGAUUUUGCACAACUAUAAAAGCUGACUACAACUUGCUGCUGUUGCCUUUAUUUAAUCGUUACUGUUUUAUUGCUUGUUUUUGUCCUGGCUGAGGGUUUUGUCUCAAUAUGGCUCAGAAUCUGACAUUAAUUAUAAUAUAAUUCAAUUAUAAUACUAUCAGUCAGGUGCUUUUACAAAAUGUGGAAUCAUUGGCCAAUAUGUAAAUAUGUAUUUACAUUUUGUAUGUAUGUUUUUUUUUUUUGUACUGGGUAUGUGUUGAUUGAUUUAUUGUAAGUGAUAUCUAAAUGAAAUCAGAAUCAUAAAUGGCCUUGUGAGAUUUAUGUAGAGUAGUUUAUUAAACUAUGCAUUAAAAGCAAAACUAGACCUGUGGUCAAAGCAUCAGAUGUAACUCAGCCUGUCUCACUGAGUUCACUGAUUAAGACUGUUUUUACUGUAGAAAUACACCUGAGUAUAAUUAUAAAUAUAAAAAUUUUUUUACAAUUGGAAA